CGCGCGCGCACGAGUCCGGUGAGUGACUCGGGGAGAAACCAAGAGUUCCUCAUGGCGGGAACGACAAGCACGCGGGUGCCGACGCGGUCGCACGCGGGCCGCCAGGCCGGCGGGCCGGCGGUUUCCGGGAGCGCCGGGUUCUCGCAGGGCCCGGAGCCGUCCGCUCCACAGGUCGAUGUCGCCAAGGAGGGGGGAAAGGAGGGCUACGUCGACCCCGCGAACUCGUACUUCGAGUGCAACAUUUGUCUGGAGCUGGCUCAGGAACCCGUCGUGACGCAGUGCGGUCACCUCUACUGCUGGUCCUGCAUAUACAAAUGGUUGCAGGUUUUCCCCGAGGCGCAGCAGUGCCCGGUGUGCAAGGCGGCGGUCUCCGAGAACCUGGUCAUACCCUUGUACGGGCGCGGCUCGUGCGAGCACCCGAGGGGUAAGCAGAUGCUGGGCAUGGACGUUCCGACGCGGCCGCCGGGUUUGCGGUUGCUGGCGAGAAACACAAACGCCAACGAGGUGGGGGGCGGCGAGUGGGGCUUGGCUGGCGCAGGCGUCGCCGAGAACGUGGGCCUCAUGUCCACGCUGCUCGGGUUCGGGAUCCAGUUCGGCACGGGCGUUAGGUCCAGCCUGCUGAUCGAUAACAUGAGCCCGGAACAACAGCAGCAGGCGUUCCUGUCGCAGCUGCUUCUGCUCCUCGGCUCGUUCGUGAUCCUCUGCUUGCUGAUCUUCUGA